GACAGAUCGGAAGCGGAAGUUGUGACAGGAGGAGGUGAUGGGGGAGCGGGCGCCCCGAUUCUGCAGCUUAUGACUCCGCCCCUAUAGGCCAUGCCGGGGAAGCUGAAGGUGAAGAUUGUGGCCGGACGCCACCUGCCGGUGAUGGACCGCGCCAGCGACCUGACCGACGCCUUUGUGGAGGUGAAAUUUGCCAACACCACCUUUAAGACGGACGUGUACCACAAGUCCCUGAACCCGCAGUGGAACUCCGAAUGGUUCAAGUUUGAGGUUGAUGAUGAGGAUCUGCAGGAUGAACCGUUACAGAUCACAGUUCUGGACCACGACACGUACAGCGCCAAUGAUGCCAUCGGGAAGGUGUACAUAGACAUCGACCCCUUACUGUACACCGAGGCCGCCACCGUCAUCUCCGGGUGGUUCCCCAUCUACGACACCAUACACGGGAUCCGCGGUGAGAUCAACGUGGUGGUGAAGGUCGAUCUCUUCAAUGACCUCAAUCGCUUCCGACAAUCUUCCUGCGGAGUCAAAUUCUUCUGCACUACGUCCAUCCCCAAGUGUUACCGUGCGGUGGUGAUCCACGGCUUUGUGGAGGAGCUGGUGGUGAAUGAGGAUCCGGAGUAUCAGUGGAUCGACCGAAUCCGGACCCCAAGGGCUUCCAAUGAGGCGCGGCAGCGUCUGAUCUCCCUCAUGUCAGGUGAGCUGCAGAGGAAGAUCGGCCUGAAGGUGCUGGAGAUGAGGGGCAACACGGUGGUGGGCUACCUGCAGUGCUUCGACCUGGAGGGGGAGUCCGGCCUAGUGGUCCGAGCCAUCGGGACUGCGUGUACCCUGGAUAAACUGAGCAACCCCACCCCGUUCCCUCCGGCCUGCAACUCCCCGUGUAAAGAGCUAAAGGAGUCUCCGCUGGUCCAGCCACCAAGCCAUGGAUAUCGCUCGACUCACAACAGCCCUAUUCACACUGCUACCGGCUCCCGACUCACUCAGAACUUCUCUGUGUCUGUCCCCACUCUCAUCUACACUGGUAUGGGAAGUGGAAGCGCAGGAAGAGAGGGCGGAGCCUUCAAAACCCUCCUGAGGCAACAGACGCAGUCAGCACUGGAGCAGCGGGAGUUCCCUUUCUUCACCCUGACCGUGUUCCCCGCGGGUUUCCUCGUCCAUGUUGGCGGAGUGGUCAGCGCCCGAUCGGUGAAGCUUCUGGAUCGGAUACACAAUCCGGAUGAACCGGAGACCAGAGACGCUUGGUGGGCUGAGAUCCGCCAGGAGAUAAAGUCUCACGCCAAAGCGCUGGGCUGCCACGCCGUCGUCGGCUACAGUGAGUCCACCAGCAUUUGUGAAGAAGUCUGCAUCCUGUCCGCCUCGGGCACCGCCGCCGUCCUCAACCCCCGAUUCCUGCAGGAAGCGUCCGGCGAAUGUGGCCCGGAGCAAAGGUUGUCGGCAGGAUUCCCCGCGCCGUGCAGUUUCUGUCACAUACCGUACGAUGAGCUGAAUAUGCCGUUUCCCGCUCACCUCACCUUUUAUAGUUGUCGUAAGCAGAAGGUCCCCGAUGUCCUCUUCACCACCAUCGAUCUGCCGGGGGAGACCCCCAUUGUGGGGAAGGGUUGUCUGAUCCAGGCCAGGUUGUGCCGGCUGAAGAAGAAGGCUCAGGCCGAGGCGAAUGCCACCGCCAUCAGUAACCUGCUGCCCUUCAUGGAGUACGAGCUGCACACUCAGCUGAUGAACAAGCUGAAGCUGAAGGGGAUGAACGCGCUGUUUGGCCUGCGCAUCCAGAUCACUGUGGGGGAGAACAUGCUGCUGGGACUGGCGUCUGCUACAGGAGUCUACCUGGCAUCAUUACCCACCCCCGGGGGCAUCCAGAUCUCUGGCAAGACCCCAAGUGAUGGAACAUACGACCAGCACGUGUCCCACAUGCAGAAGAAGAUCAACGAAACCAUCGCCAAGAACAAGGAGCUGUUUGAGAUCAACCCCCCGGAGGUCCUGGAGGAGGUGAUGGGGUCCCCCAUCCCGGAGCCGCGGCAGAGAACCCGUCUGCUCCGCUCGCAGUCUGAGAGCUCCGAUGAGGUGGUGGAGCUGGAUCUGUCCCAUGGGAAGAAGGACGCCUUCGUGCUGGAGAUCGAUGACACGGACGCCAUGGAAGACGUUCACUCCCUCCUGACCGACGUCCCGCCCCCUCCAGGAUUCUUCAGCUGUAACACAGAAGUCAUGCCUGGGGUAAACAGCUGGACCUCGGAUAUACAGAUGUUCACCUCCGUCCGCGUCAUUCGUCUCUCCAACGUGACCCUGACCAACCCGACCCUGAACAAGAGCUUCAACGACAUGUGCGAGAACCUGCUGAAGAGUCUGUACUUUAAGCUGCGCUCCAUGGUGCCGUGCUGCCUCUGUCACGUUAACUUCACGGUGGCCGUGCCGGAGGACGAGUCCAUACAGGUCGCAGUCACCGCGGUGGCAAUUUCUUACGACAAACUAGACGCAUCACAGAGCAGUAAAAACAAAACGGCGGAACGUCAGCAACCGCGAGUCUCUGCAGACACCGAGGAGCAGCUACAAUUCCCCCUAGAGUUAUCCUCCGAAUCUCCAGGACUACAGCCGUUCUCCCCAGCCAAAGAUCUCCAGGACAGGACGUCUUCCCCGUCUGGUGCCCCCCUUAGAGCCUCUGCCGCUGACUACAGUUCCUUUGCAGACAGAUGCAGCAGCUGGAUAGAACACAUUAAAAUGAGGGCUCAGACCAUAAGACGCGGAUCAGUAAAGACAAUUACCUCCCUGGAUAAGUCCAGUCCAUUGUGUGAGGGGCACCUGCGGAACCGCCACGGCUCUGCUUUUGGUAGUCCGACCGUCUCCGUGGUCAAGAUGACUCCUCUCUCCUUUAUCCACGGGGCCAAAAUAACCAAAUAUCUCGGUAUUAUCAACAUGUUCUUUAUACGCGAAACAACGUCGUUGCGCGAGGAAGGAGGAGUGAGCGGUUUCCUCCACGCCUUCAUAUGUGAAGUAUUCGCCAUGGUGCGCGCACACGUGGCUGCCUUAGGGGGGAACGCCGUGGUGUCCUACAUUAUGAAGCAGUGCGUCUUCAUGGAAAACACCAAUAAAAACCAGGCGCAGUGUCUCAUUAACGUCAGCGGAGACGCCGUCAUCUUCACACGGGAAUUGGAGACAGACACGACGUCCUCUGCACCACAACAAAACGCGAGUCAGACAAGUGUCGGAGACGGAACGUGAAGGCAUCGGGGGGGAGCUCUAAGGAACGAUGCUGAUCCGCAGAAAGCUGUGCCAUUUUAUCAUUUAUUGCUUCUUCUAUCUUCAUAUCCAGAUAAUUCUAUUGGACUGGUGUCACGAACAUGAGAUCCGCCAUGUUUCCUGCCUCUGAUCAAACAGUAGGUCUUCGUGGCCCUUGAUUUUCAUGGAGUGGCCCCCUGCACAGUCUCAUAGACUGAAGGUGUUUGUGCCGUACACUCACAUGUUGUGGUCACGCUCGUUCAGGCGGUACAGACAUCUGCGGUCCCUGCAUGCUUCUAGACAACAAGGCCCCUUAGUCUCACAAUCUCCCGUUUCCUGCAUGAGAUUACUCACAUUAUUAAUGGAUCCGCCCAAUGCAAUCGAUCCGCUGACAUGAAGCGACUCUUCCUGGUUACAGAUGGUACUAUAUAUUUUACUUGUCUUCCCGGUUUCUCUAAUAAGUUUCUAAGAUGUCUCAUCAUGACUAAUGCAGCAAUAAUGGGUCAUGGAGACCCCCGUGCCUAAUAUAGAGGGUCAUAUCAAGGGGUCACCUUAUCUAUCUGCUGCCAACUGAUCAAAUACUGGGGUCAUGAGGGUGUCAUCCCAUCGGACUCCAGGGGGCGCUCACUAGAUUUAUGUAUAAUCCAUAUUUACAUCAUAUCUAUAUUUUUGAUACGUUAUUAAAAGUGUUUUAUGUUUUAACAACUGACACGGGGGGAGGGGGAUCAUGGACUCGCAUGGGGGAGGGGAGACAAAUCUCACAAUGGAAAGACUUGAAUGUAAAUAUGGGACUUGUGCCAGACAUUUCUAGAUGAAUAAACUUCUCCCAAUAGUUGUUGAACCUUCAUGAAAGAUGAUGAAAGUAAAAGAAUAAAUCGAAGUGAAGCUGCGGAGCUUGUUACAGUGUAGCAGUAGCUUUUACUUGCACUGUUGUGGUGUAACAAACCUUUAGAACUGGAGGGAACAUUCAGAAUAUAUUUGCUGCAGCUGUAUGUCGUCUAUAUACCUGACCCCGUAUGUCGUCUAUAUACAUGAUCCCAUAGGUCGUCUGUAUUCCUGACCCCGUAUGUCGUCUAUA